GUCAAAAUUAGUGUGAAAAAGUCAAAAUUAGAAACUGCGCCCUAAGCUUUUCCCCCAAAAGCACAACAACGAUGGUCAAUUCUCUAUCGUCGUCUCUCUUCCCUCGUAUCGCCGAUUCACUUCGAAUCGGAUGAUGGAAAACGGAAACCGCUGCGCUGCGUCGAGACUGAUUCGACUCUCUCUACACGAAAUCGAGAACCAGCUCGAACUAUCACUGCGUCAAGCCUAUGACUCUCUCGAGCCGAAACUUCGUCCACCGUUUUCCCUCGAAAUCCCAGACCCACAAGAGUAUCUCGAGCUCAACAGAGCAAUCGUCUAUGGCGUCUUAUGCGACUCUGAUUCCUGUAAAACCCACAUCAAACAUCUACACGCUCUCGUCACUGAUGGGUAUGCGUUUUUCACUAGUUUGCUUGUUGGUAUCGUUAUUGAAUUGUACGGUAAGCUCGUUGAUUCCGCUAAGAUCCAGCUUUUGUGGGUAACGAAGGAGAUGAUCGGUGUUUCGAGUGUAGGGCUAGAGGAUUUGCUUGUGUAUUUGCUAAGAAGAAUCGCAAGUGGAGAUUACGGUGAUGAGAAUGUUUGGCUUUGUUCUGAAUUAGUGAGCUUGUUUCUUGAGAAAUGGGAUUGUUUGCUUGAAGAUUUCCCCUUGUUGCUGACUAAUGCUCUGUAUAGUUUCCUUCGUUUAUUAGCCGAACACUGUAAAGUCUCAGGCGUAGCGAAACUCGAAAACGUGAAGAGGUUAGAGAUCAGAUUCUGUGUCAAGAUGUUUAGUGAGCAGAUGGAUUUGUGUUUGAACAUCGGAAGAGAUCUUCUCCGGCUGUUGCAGGACCUGGUUCACGUCUCUGAACUCAGAGAGAUAUCGAACGGUUUGGUCCUAAACCGAUGUUACAAGUCCAAGACUUCGAGUAGAUACUUCCUUCUCCGAGUCACUCCCGAGAUGGAAACACAGCUAAGGUUCUUGCUCGGAAACGUGAAGCUUGGAAGCCAUAAGCGGCAUCAGAUGUGGUUCUUGAAGAAGCAUCUCUUGGGUCCUGAUAAAGAAACGCUUUUGGUCGACAUAGUCCGGUUCAUCUGCUGCGCGAUUCACCCGAGUAACGAAAUCAUCAGAUCGGAGAUCAUGCCAAGAUGGGCAAUCAUAGGAUGGUUUCUUGAACUCUCUAGGCAUAGUCAUCACGUCGAAAGAAGCUUUAAGCUUGCUCUGUUUUACGACUGGCUCUUCUUCGACGAAAGGUUCGAUAACAUCAUGAAUGUCGAACCGGCUGCUCUGUUGAUGGUAUGGUCGAUACCUCAGUAUCCACACAUCACUCACUCUCUACUUGAGUUCUUGCUUCAUCUUGUGGACACUCAUGACACGAGCCGUCGAGAGAUGAUUUCGAGAGGCGUUGCAUCAGCGUUUCGAGAGAUCGAGCGAAAAGGAGUCGUUCGAUCUUUAGAUGUGUUCCUAUCGAAUCCUGCAAUUGCACCGGAGCUGAAGAAGAAGCUAGCGAAUUUGUUGUCUUCUCAUCAUCAUCAAGAGAAGGUUCCUGCAGAAGCAAUUUUAAAAGCAUGCAUCACCACCAGAGUUGUUGUCGAUGGACUGGAUAGAUGAAUUGGGCCAGUCCAAGUUAAUAUUAAUUGGGCCUUUAUAUUUAAAAACUUUUUUAUCUUUAGCGAAAUCGCCUGUUUUAGCUCGUCUCCUCCAAUCAUGUCAUUUCGAAAUCCUAAUUUCUCAGUUCCUCGCGAGGGUUUUAUCUGAAUUUCAUCGUUCCAAGUUGAUCUCUCAUUCUCGCUGUAAAUUUUCUCGGGAAAAUUUCGUACAAUCCACGAUUAACGACGAAGAGUGUGGAUAAAAACCAAAUUAUGCAAACAUUUAGUCAGAUAGGACCGUCGGAGAUUUUCUUCAUCGCUAGAAGAGAUAAUCCCAGUACGAGGGCACAGCUUUGGUUCACGGGAAGGCUCUCUUUUCGACAAGAAACAUUUGGUGUUCGAUUAAAGAACAGAGUCGAGUAUAGCGCAAGACCUGUUCCUCCAAACCUAAUCGCAGCAGAGAAAGAAGAAGCAAAAGCUGUUUUAACUCUGUUCUUCAAGAAACAAGGUCUUAGCAACAGCGUCUCUGUUCGUAUAAUCAACAAAUCCGAGCAAUUCAUUGACCAUUUAGUCUCUAGACUCCACUCUGUUCAUAAAGCCCGUUACCUCGUAGGAAGAGAGCUAACCACACUUGAGAUCAGAGACUCACUCAUCCCUUACCUCGAACACCUCCAUGAACAACACGGUGAUCUUUUUUCCGAGCUCGUUAUAAGCUUCCCUGAUCCACCGGCUGAGUCUAGACCGAUUCCUUCGUCUCCAUCUCCAAUCUCACAACCUCGUAUCCUCACCGAUUCCGCUGCAGACACUCGGAAACUCAGAGCCGUGUCUCGUGUCAGCGAGGUCGACACAGAAGGCGCAUUGCGUCCUCAGACACUCUACCUUCUCGACCUCGGUUUAAACCUCGAGCAGAUCAAAACCAUCACUCGGAAGUUCGCUGCUUUCCCUUACUACAGCCUCGAAGGGAAAAUCAAACCCGUCGUCGAGUUCCUCCUCGACCUCGGGAUCCCAAAAUCCGAUAUCCCAACGAUCCUCUGCAAACGCCCUCAGAUAUGUGGGAUCAGCCUCACCGACAAUCUCAAGCCGACGAUGGCCUUCCUCGAGACGUUAGGCGUCGAUAAGAACCAGUGGGCGAAGAUUAUUUACCGUUUCCCGGCGAUCUUAACUUACAGCCGCCAGAAACUCACUUCGACGGUCGACUUCUUGACGCAAACCGGUCUCUCUGAAGAGCAGAUUGGGAAAAUUCUGACCCGGUGUCCGAACAUCAUGAGUUACAGCGUGGAAGACAAGCUGCGUCCGACGAUGGAGUACUUUAGGUCGCUGAACGUCGAUGUCGCGGUUCUCCUUCAUCGUUGUCCGCAGACGUUUGGUCUAAGCAUCGAGUCGAAUUUGAAGCCUGUGACUGAGUUCUUCCUCGGGAAAGGUUAUGGUUUGGAUGAGAUUGGGAUCAUGAUCUCUAGAUAUGGAGCUUUGUAUACAUUCAGCUUGAAGGAGAACCUAAUGCCGAAAUGGGAUUACUUUCAGACGAUGGAUUAUCCGAAAUCGGAGCUGGUGAAGUUUCCGCAGUUUUUCGGGUAUAGUUUACAGGAGAGGAUCAAGCCGAGGUACGAGCUGGUGAAGAGAAGUGGAGUGAGGCUGUUGUUGAACCAGGUUUUGUCGUUGUCUGGAGUUGAGUUCGAGAAAGUUGUUAAGAAGAAGAUGAUGAAGAAACUUGUAUCUGAUAACGAAAUUGCUGGACCAUCAUAAGUAGUAGUAGUAGCUAUUUGUUGUGAAUUUUUUUUUAGUUUAGUAAAAACUAAUUUUUUUCCCGGGAGCAUUUGCCAAACCGGAGGUAAGCAAUACAACAAGUGAAAAAACCAAACCGAAAUGUUUUGUCAAUCACCACACCAAAUGUUAACUUCUUAACAAUUAAG